GCGCCACCAUCGGUAUCGUCGCCAUUGGCAAAACCCUUUUGCAAGAUUUACGCGAGCUGCAUCCGGGGCGAGUCCGUGAUUCUUGUAUGGACAACGAUAGAGGAUUGGAUGCAGGCAUUGGUAAGAAGGUUACGUUAUUGCUGAGCUUCACGGACCAUAGAGCAACAGAUCGCGGCAAUAACUUGGCGGAAGGAGACAGUCAGUAGUAAUGCAGCUUACCUUUGCGGCAGGGAAAUGGCGGAAUGGUGUGCAUGCAACUGCGAGAGGGAAGGGAAGAUGGAACGGCUAUCGCGUUUGCAUCGUGGCCACUAAGCGAACGACUCUAUUUUGCAUCGUUGAAAGGGCUCGAACUGUUAGAAACUCUUUUUUAUUAUGCGGCGACGAUAGGGAGAAAUGGAAGCUGCUUGUUCUCUUCCUUUUUUUCGGAAAGUAUGUGGAAAGUAGAAGAAUGUUUGUAGGGCCGAGUAAGGUUUCACAAGAUUAUACAGAGAAUAAUUUUGAGAGUAUUUGCGACAGUGAGAGAAAGAAAAUGAAAAAUUACUUUGAAGUUUCGUCAGCAUUGCGGUCAGAUUUGAAAGUCAAAUGGUAUGAGGAAUUAUGCCAUAAUUUUUGGUGAUUGAAUAUCAACGGUUUUUUUAAAGUUUUCGAAUAGAA